CGAUUGUGUUGAUUGUGUGUUGUGAAACUAAUCGCAAAACUUUCGCGAUUUUAUUAAAACAUAAUAUUAGAGUUUAUGAAAAUGAAGACUAGUUUAUUAAGGAAAACAGUGCAAAAUUUAUUGAAUUAUUUUGUUAUUCAAUUAUAGUAGGACGUAUGAUUGAAUUUUCAAGUGCCCCACAUUAAAAAGUAGUUGUGAUUCGCGAAAGUUUUUAUUUUGCAUUGAAAUUCUAAUGGAUAAAAAUGCAUGCCACAAGAAGUAUAGUGUUAUUCGUUUCUAUUUUGUUUUGCGUUAAUUGUUAUGAUAAUGAGCAUACAAGCGAACAUUCCUUGGAGUUAACCCAGUCCUUGAACUUGGCGCGCCAGGAACUUAUUCAAGAUACGUGCGGUCGACUUCCUUUAAAAUGGGGUCUUGAUGAUUUACCGCCCAGCCAGCUGGAACACAUUUUGGUGGAUGAUCAUCACAAGCUCCUCUACUGUUACGUACCAAAGGUAGCAUGUACAAAUUGGAAAAGAAUACUCAUGAUAUUGGCUGGAAAAUGGAAUGACACAGAUGUUCUAUCCAUUCCGGCCAGCCUUGCUCAUUCUCCUGGAAUGUUCAGAAAUCUCAGUUCGGUUUCCAAGGAAGACAGAGAAAACAUGCUUGAGAAUUAUCAAAAGAUGAUAAUAGUACGGAAUCCAUUUGAAAGACUGUUAUCAGCUUAUAGAAAUAAGCUUGAAGGCGAUCUUCCGAGUGCUAAGUAUUUUCAAGAUCGCGUCGGGAAGAGAAUCAUUAAGGCAUUCCGAGAGAACCCAUCAAACGAGUCCUUGGAAUACGGGCAUGACGUCACGUUUAAGGAGUUCGCGCUGUUCCUGACAAAUAAGUCGAAGGAAUUGGCUGACGUGGUGAACAAUGAACACUGGCAGCCAAUAACGAGCCUCUGCCAUCCGUGCCUUAUUAAAUAUACAUUAGUCGGUAAAUAUGAAACCCUCUUGGACGACUCAUUACUCGCUCUUCACACGAUAAACGCGUCGCAGAUUCAGUUCCCCCGUUUGACGCGCACUUCGGGUACCUCCGAAAAACUACGCAAGUAUUUCUCACAACUAGAUCUACCUCUGAUAAGGAAAUUGUAUAAGCUAUACAAGUAUGAUUAUAAAAUAUUUAACUACGAUUUAGAUAAUAUAGUUGGUUUCGAUCUGGGAUAAAUGGACAUAUAUCAUGGGAUUAUCGUCUCUAUGGUCAUUUUUAUAUGAGCAUUUCAGGAAAAAAUGUCUUGUCUGUGAAUAAAGCGCAAAUCUGAACUGGCUUGGCCUAAGAUCGUCAAAGCUAUUCAAAUUCGACACUCCAUGUAUGAUUCGAUUGUAAUAUGUCGAAAAACUGAGUCACGGUGGUACUCUAUUUUGAUAUUUGUAUCUUUUAAUAUAUGUUUUAUAAUAUUCUAGCUAAUGUUUCAACAUACGUCGUUUUGAUAUUUCAUAAUUGACUUAUACGUUGAGUUUCGACUUUGUUCUUAUAGAAUAGCGCUUUGCAUUUUAUUCGUACAGUUGUUUACAACUGACAUUUAUGUCAUCUUUUUAUUUAGGUACGUUGUCAUUAUAUAUAUAGCUUUUAAAAUUAAUUAUCAUUUGUUUCAUUUUUAAAGGUAAAACAGAGAUCUAAAAAAUUAUGACGAUUUAAAAAAACUAUGUUACGUAAUGUAAAUAUGUAUGUAAAUCAAUAUAGUGGAAUAAGCGCCUUCUCAAAAAAAGGAGAGGAGGACCUUAGACCAGCCGUGACAUUCACAGGCUGGUACAAUAUGUUUUCAAAUUUAUCGUCAUGUACUUAGUCAAAUUAUUUGAUUCGUCAAUAUUUACGUCAUUAGCGUGAUAUUAGCAAUGUAUUUGUGCUUAUGAUGUUGAACAAAAACAGCCUUACUUAUUUAUAAGUAAUAACACCGUUUACGGUGUUUAGUUAAAUGCUGAUUUCUCUCUUUCUAUCAUCAUUGAUUUGACAUUCGAAAAAAGGAGACAAUGAAUUGUUUAACUAAUUACUCCCUUAACGACAUUUAUAUGUAAAGCAGUUAACGUUUUAAGUUUUAUCAAAAAAACGUUACUAAAGGUUGUAUGUAUGUCAAUAGUCCCUAUUUGAUACUGUUGUUGAUUCGUGUAUUUUUUUUUUAAAUUUAUAAAUCGAUCGUCGAUGGAAAUGGCAAAAGAAAAUUGAAUAUUUUAGUAAUAUAAAAUCUA